AAUGAACAGAUAUGCUUUUCUCACCUCUACAAAUACCCUCUUGCACAAGAAAACAAAAACCAUGAAAUCAUUUGACAAUAUAACUCCAUCAAAACAAUGAACCCUUCUUCAAUAUCCCAUUUUGUUCUUCUUGUCAUUAGCUUAUUGCCAAACCAAAUUUUAUGCCGGGAUCAAUCACUUGAAGGCAUUGAUUUGAUCACCAAAACAUGCGAACAUACAAGGUUCAGGACUCUCUGCAUAGCGGCUCUAACAUCAGAUACAGAGAGCAAAUCAACUAAUCUCCAUGGUCUUGCAGAAAUUUCUCUGAAGAUCGCCUUGUCGAAUGCUAGUGAAACACACGAUUACAUCUCAGAAUUGGCGGGGAAAACAAAGGACAAAUACAUGCAACAAUGUCUAGAAGAUUGCUCGGAGAACUACAGGCAAGCAGCUCUGCAAAUUGAAGACUCCAUGAAGGCUUUAAGUUCUAAAGGUUAUGAAAAUGUCAAGACUUGGGUUAGUGGCGCCAUGAGCAAUGCAGAGUCCUGUCAAGAGGGUUUCCAUGGAAAAAGAGGCUACAAAUGCCCAUUCAGUAUGAUGAACAAGUUCUUCAGCCAGCUCUGUAGCAUCUCUUUAUCCAUCACAAAUCUAUUCGAUUAAAUGUAUUGGGAAGUACCAAAUUUGCUUUUGUGAAAGCAAAUUUUUUUUCAUCAGUUCUUGGAAUUCAUCCUUCAGAUUAAUGACACAGUUUUGUUAGGUAAUAUAUGAAACAUUCAUUACAGCUAAAAUAUUAACCACAUUGUAAUUUUCCUAUGUUAAUUAAAGUCUGGCCUUUUGGG